CCUGUCGCAACACUCGCAACGCAAGUGAAAAUUAAAUCUUGCAAAGGCGUAUCUUCCUUGCGUAUUUAGUGGCAGUAAUUCACACUAUGAUAACAUCCAAAGUAUUUCAACGAAGUUUUAGCAAAUAUGGUUUUUUAUGCUCCGAAUCAAAAAACCCUUUUAAAAGGACAUGGGAUACAAUUGCCAAAGAAUUACCGGCUAUGUUCGGCCUGAAUAACAAAACCUCAAGUUAUCCAGAACAUGCCGAUAUAGUAGUUAUUGGAGGUGGAUAUAUUGGCUCAUCUGUUGCAUAUUGGCUGAAAACAAAAGCCGGCCACGGACUUUCUGUUGUUGUACUAGAAAAAGAUCCAACAUAUGCUGCAGCGAGAAAAAAUAUCUCAUGCGGAUCACUAACUCAACAUUUCUCGUUACCAGAAAAUAUAUAUCUUUCCCAACACAGCGCUGAAUUUUUAAGGAAUGUAAAGGAUAAUCUGGGUCCGGAUGUUGACCUAAAAUAUGUACCUAAAGGGCACUUACUGCUAGCUUGUGAGGAACAUGCUGAAAAACUUGAGCAAAAUAUCUAUGUUCAAAGGGAAUAUGGCAUCAGAAAUGAACUGUUGAGUGCAAAGGAAAUAAAAAAUAAAUUCCCUUGGAUAAACACUGAUGAUAUCAAACUUGGAUGUUUGGGGUAUGAGUCUGAAGGAACCUUUGAUUCUCUGGCCCUGCUUGGAGGUCUUGUAAAAAAAUCUUUAGAUAUGGGAACAACUUACAUUCACGCUGAAGUAACAGGAUUUGAAUUAGAGAAACAAAGAGAUGUAUUAAUGGAGGGUAUCAAGCCUGGUUCAUUUGAAAGGAUAAACAAAGUUGUGUUCAGAACACCAGAAAAUGAAGAACACUCCAUAAAAUUUGCUGCUUGUAUUUUAGCUGCAGGACAUGAGUCUAGUCAAGUUGCCCAAUUAGCUAGAAUAGGUAAUGGUGAUGGCUUAUUAGCCAUACCAUUACCAAUUGAGAAAAGAGAGUCUGAUGUGUAUUCCGUAGAAAAUAUGACUAAUACCACAGGCCUGAAUACACCUCUUGUAAUGGAUACAAGUGGAGUUUGGAUAAGGAAAGAUGGCUUAGGGAGUAACCUCCUGUGUGGUGCCGUUCCUCUUCUUUCACAGAGUGCUACUGGCUUGUUUGGUGAUGAUUACAUGGACCAAAUAAUAAAACCUUCAUUAUUCAACAGGAUACCACAAUGUAACGUUGCACAGGUCACCAGUGUUGCAACUGAAGCAUAUGACUAUUGUCAUUAUGAUGACACUGGUAUUUUGGGACCACAUUCAUAUCAUAAUAACUUGUACAUAGCUGCUGGUUUUGGGAAGCAAGGUUGCCAGCAUGCACCAGGUAUUGGCAGAGCUAUUGCUGAGCUGAUAGUAGACGGCCAGUAUGUUUCUACAGACUUUACAAGGCUAGGCUUUGACAGAUUCCUCACAGACAGCCCAUUAAUAGAAUUUAACAUUUAUUAAUUCAAAAA